UCUUGUAACGUCAAGCGUGCCAACUGUCGUGAAAGCACAUUGACGCAGAAAUAAGGGAGAAGGACGCUAAUAAGUCAGUGUUAUUAUUUGUUCUUAAGUUUGUAAAAAUGUUUAUCGUAUAAAAUACAUCUUUGAGUCUUUAUUUCAGGAAAAAAAAACGUCUCGGUGAGUGAGAAGCUUCUCGUGGUAGCUAGUUUAGCUAGCUAGCUUAGCUUGUUAGCUGCUAACAAAGAGACGCGGACGUUAUCAACACAUCGCUAAGUAGAGAUCAAAUGUGAGUGUAAAGUGUUGUGAUUGUGUGAACAUGUGCGAAAGAACGAUAGCUAAGUAUGAGGAGGAACUUUGUCCAACAAAAGAGGAGAAGGAGCGACAACAUCAACUACAGGACGCUGUUUUCAAGAAACAUCAAGUUGUGUUACACAGAACAGACGUCCAGCAGCCCCCUCACAUUAAAGAGGAAGAGGAGGAUCCACAGCCCCCCCACAUUAAAGAGGAAGAGGAGGAAGUGUGGAUCACUCAGGAGGGAGAGUGUCUUCUAGGGCAGGAGGAGGAUGAUGUCACCAAGUUUCCACUGACUGUUGUCUCUGUGAAGACUGAAGAGCAUGAAGACAAACCACCUGAGUCCUCACAGCUUCAUCACAGUCCAAACGUCCAGCGGGUGUCAGCGGGGAGUCAUGAAGAGGAGUGGCACACCAGUGUGGGACAGAAGGAGCUACAGGCCCCCUCCCACAUUAAAGAGGAGCAGCUUCAUGAUGAAGAUGAAGCUCAGUCCUUACAGCUUCAUCACAGUCAAAGUGAGGAGAACAGAGGGGCGGAGCUUGUAAGUCAACACAUCACAGAAGCUGAUGGAGAGCAUUGUGAAGAUAUAAAGUCAGAACCAGACAGCAUCUUUGCUCCACUGUCAGACAUGGACCACAUGAUGUCAGACUCUUCUGAUCACAGUGACCACAUCCAAAAACCUUUGGAGAGUAAAAAUGACUCUAAAGGUGAUACGAGACAUCACACUAACAACAAACACUUUGACUGCUCUGAAUGUGGGAAAUCAUUUAGACUGAAGACUAAUCUUACAAGACACAUGAGAACACACACUGGAGAGAAACCUUUUACUUGCUCUGUUUGUAAGAAGAGUUUCUCCAUAAAGCAACACGUGACCAGACACAUGAGAACACACACUGGAGAGAAACCUUUUACUUGCUCUGUUUGUAAGAAGAGUUUCUCCAGAAAGCCUGACAUGACCACACACAUGAGAAUACAUACUGGGGAGAAACCUUUUACUUGCUCUGUUUGUAAGAAGAGUUUCUCCAUAAAGCAACACAUGAUCACACACAUGAGAACACACACUGGAGAGAAACCUUUUACAUGCUCUGUUUGUAAGAAGAGUUUCUCCAGAAAGCUUGCCAUGACCACACACAUGACAACACAUACUGGAGAGAAACCCUUUACUUGCUCUGUUUGUAAGACAAGUUUCUCCAGAAAGCUUGACAUGACCACACACAUGAGAACACACACUGGGGAGAAUCCUUAUGCGUGCUCUGUUUGCAAAAAGAGUUUCUCCAGAAAGCUUGACAUGACCACACACAUAAGAACACAUUCUGGAGAGAAACCUUUUACUUGCUCUGUUUGUAAGAAGAGUUUCUCCAGAAAGCGUAACAUGACCAGACACAUGAGAACACACACUGGAGAGAAACAUUUAUCUUGCUCAGCGUGUGCUAAAAGAUUCAUCACUAAGAAGGGAAGUAUAUUACACAUGAGAACACACACAGGUGAGAAACCGUUUAGUUGCACUGUGUGUGAUAAGAUGUUCAGGUUUAAGAAUCAGGUCAGUAAACACAAGUGUGUAAAAGUCAUGGAGGCUGCAGGGAUGUAAAAACACUUAAACAGUGAUUGUGCUAAAUGUAAUUUAAAAACACAGCAUGUUUAAUAUGAAUGUAUAUUUGAUGUUGUACGUAGUGCUUCUCAUCUUCUAGUCUCAUAUGUUGUCCUGAAAUUACUUUUUAAAUUGUGUGCAUGUAUUGAAUAUUCUAUAUGUAGUUACUAUUUUAUUCUAUUUUCUCAUUGUUAAACGGAGGACAUCUUAUUAUUUUCAUUAGUUUUUUUU